AAAAAACUGAUUGCAUGAGCUGAAUAGUCGAAAUAGUCUAGCAGCAGCUCACAAAAUGACGACGAAUUGGCGUGAAUUGUUUCCCACAAAACUUACCUUCAUUAUAUUUCUGCUGUAUAUGUCAUUAUUUAUUGGCCAAGGCAUUUUUGUGACCGCUUCGCAGGAUUCAAAUAAUUCUUACAGCUAUAAUACAGUGACUGUGGUGUUACUGACUGAAGUCUUUAAGCUAAUUGUUUCCACUUGCCUUUAUUGCAAAGACAACAAUCUUCGGUCGCUGGUACGCGAUGUUCAUAAAGAUCGCAAUGUGUUAGGGCUCUACAUGGUGCCAGCUUUUCUAUAUUGCUUAUACAAUAAUUUAGCUUUUGUGAAUCUCGCGACAUUUGAUCCAACUACAUAUUAUCUGUUGCUUCAAUUACGAGUUGUAGUCACGGGAAUCCUGUUUCAAAUCAUAUUCAAGAAGUACCUAUCACAACGUCAAUGGAUUUCAUUAAUCCUUCUUACACUCGGCUGCAUGCUAAAGCAGGUGGAUUUGAACAGCUUCUACAAUGAUGCAAAUGACGAUAGUGAAGCGGCGGUACUGCAGGUAGCGAGCGCUGUGAAUGCCACGCAAACAAAUUCCAAGGCGAAUGGCAAAAAUAUGGCGGGCUUCGAUUUUAGCAUAAGUGCCGUCUUAAUCUUAGCCCAAACGAUUUGCUCAUGCUUAGCAGGUGUUUACAACGAAUAUCUUUUGAAGGACAAAGGCGCUGAUGUUAACAUUUUCGUGCAAAACGUCUUUAUGUACAUGGACUCGAUUGUUUGCAAUGCAUUGAUAUUGCUGCUACGAGGGGAAUUGUUGGAUGCAUUUAGUGCCAAGAACUUGAGUAGCAUUGCACGAUUUGGUGUUAUAAUUAUUAUUGUCAAUAAUGCCGCCAUUGGCAUUGUGACUAGUUUCUUUUUAAAGUACAUGAAUUCAAUACUUAAAACAUUUGCCAGCGCCUUGGAGCUGUUAUUCACGGCUGUGCUCUGCUACUUCCUGUUCGCAAUUCCCAUAUAUAUGAAUACAGCAUUGGCAAUUGCUGUCGUGUCAUAUGCAAUCUAUUUGUAUACUCAAAGCCCGGUUGUUAAUCUCGGCAAGGUGCGUCCUUUAUCAAAUCUAAGUGAUGCCACCUCUCAAUUAAAGACUAAAGAGAAAGAAGACAGGCGCAAGCUGCUGGACGAGCAAGGCGACACCGAUUUGGAAAUGGAUAUCGUAUAAUUAUGAAUAGUUAUUAAU